CAAAAUAGAGAAACAUAUUCAAAACAAGCCUUCAAGUGAUGAGUAAUACUGCGCCCUCUAAUCGGUACUUCGAAGUGAUGAGGGCAGCACUAAGAGGGGAAUGGAAUGACAUCAAAAGAGUUUAUAACUUACUACCAUGUAAUAAUAUAGAUAUCGAAGAUGAUAACAGCAACAUCCUACUUAAUCCUCUUACAGGGGAUACGAUUCUUCACAUGUGUGCUCAAUGCGCCCAAACUGAUGAUAUGGAACAGAUGUUGAGAAUCAUACCGGCGGCAAAAAGGUUAUUGGCGGUGUCUAAUAAGAAGGGGAACACAGUAUUACAUGAGGCAGCCAGGACGGGGAUUGUGAAGAUGGCUAUGCUAAUCUUAGAGAAAGAAUUAGAUGGUGGAGGAGAUCAACUGCUGGUGUCAGUUCCAAACUUAAACGGUGAGACACCUAUAUACUGGGCAGCAAUGUACGGACAUAAAGAUAAGUUGUUAUUCCUAAAUACAACUGCUAGUAGCAGAGGAAUCACAAGCACAUCCAGAUCUACAUCAAUGGUUGCCCCAUUAACAAUAAGGACCAGUGAUCACUCAACAAUUCUUCACGCUGCUGUUCUUGUGGAAUCUUAUGAUGUAGCAAUGGAGAUCUUGGAGAUUUAUCCUGACCUUGCUUCAAAUAUAAAUGAUGAUGGCGCAACGGCUUCACAUAUUUUAGCGCUCUCACCUUCUUCUUUCAAGAGUGGAACCAAUUACUUCCAACAAUACCUUGGGGCCACACCAUUUGUUUUCAUCCAAAUAGCUGCAGCUAUUGUAUAUUCAUAUAUCCCAAUCGAGAGUUAUGAGACACAUAAUGCAGCUACUCAAAGAACAGUACUACAACCAAAUUCUUCGUUUAUGAGAAAAUUCAAGCAUUAUUUCAGAGGGCUAUGUAAAGGUUUACCAGUCCUCAAAAUCGUCUACAAUACAAAACUGAAACACAAUUAUGCUAUACAACUCCUCAGGAAGUUACUUGAAAAAGAUUAUGGUCAAUGGACGAUGAGUAAUUUUGGCCCUGAAAUCCUCCAUGGAUGGGAUUACAAGUAUGGUAACCUCGAAAACCAACAUCCAACAAUAACCACAAGGGUUACAACUUACAAAGUUCGAGAGAGGCCCAUUAUCUUGGCAACUAAGUUGGGUAUUAUAGAGAUGCUUAAAGAAAUAAUUGAUGUAUAUCCGGAAUCAAUUGAGAUGACCGAUGAAGAAGCUGGAAGAAAUUUGUUGCACUUAGCGGCGGAAUACAGACAUGCAUCCAUAAUAGAAUUCUUGAAGUCAUCAUCAACUAUUUCAAAAAGGAACUUGGACAUGUUGGUCGUCGGGAUCGAUAGAGAUGGUAACACCCCACUUCAUGCUGCUGCAAAGCUUGGAAAACAUAAACCGUGGCACAUUCGUGGAGCGGCACAGUGGAUGCAGUGGGAGUGUGUUUGGUUUGAGCGCCUCAAACGUAUGCUUCCACCAAAUAUGGUGAAAAUGAAGAAUUCUAAGAACCAAUAUGCUUACCAAGUAUUCACCGAAACUCAUACAGAUCUCAGAGAACAAGGUGAGAGAUGGUUAAAAGAAGCGUCAAAUAAUUAUAUGUUGUUAUCCGCUUUAUUAGCAACUAUGAUGUUUGCAUCCGCGUUCGCUGUACCUGGGGGAAAUAACUCAACGUCAGGUCGUCCAAUCCUACUCAAGAACCAAGAUUUUGGACUAUUUAUUCAUUUCGUUGCUUAUGGGUUGUUCUUUUGUAUUAUAUCUUUGGGUCUAUUUCUCACCAUCCAUGCUGCUCCCUUUAACGAAAACGAUUUCUUUUUGCGAUUGCCUUUAAGGUCCGUCUUUGCUGUAACUGCUUUGUUCAAUUCAUUUAUUUUCACUGCUUUGUCAUUCUUCCAAGCUUACAUGCUUAUUACUGGAUGGACAGGCCCUGUAGUCUGGCUUAACUUUGACAUGGCAAUAGGUUUAGUGGGGCUUUUCUUUUCUGCUGAUUUGUACGUGGAUAUUGUCGGGUGCUUUAUCCGUUAUUUGAUCGACAUUCUUUUCAUUUAGCAACCAACAAUGUUGAAGGGAGAACCAUUUUUCUGCAGUUUAACCGGAAUAAUGUCCGCAGGCUACUAUCUCAUAUUCUAUGUAGGGUUUUCAUCAAGAAAAUAAAGCUCCAUGGGUCGCCCUAUAGCAAGAUGGAAAUUAG